AUGUCUACGAGCACCAUCUCAAAAAGCAAUGCUUCUCAGCGCAUUGUUGCAACAACGGCUCCGUAUCAACUUUCACCUCAUCAAUCUUCAACUCAAUAUCAAUCUUCAACUCAAUAUCAAUCUUCAACUCAAUAUCAAUCUUCAACUCAAUAUCAAUCUUCAUCUAUUCGUCAACCGUGUACUCAAACCACCAGUUACUUUGCACCUGUUCGUUCUUCUCAAGGACACAAUCAACCACAUACAUAUGGUCCUUCCUACAACCAACAACGUGCAUCACCUUAUACUGUCAAUUCUCCUCGUAUGAAUCGUCGUCAAGGUGGUAUGUCUUAUUCCGAGCUGGAUACAGAACCUGUUGAUUUGGUCGACGAAAAUAUCCGUCCUGCUCAUCUUGUUACUAUCAAUCAAAAUGCACUCGAUAUGCUUGUUGAACGAUGUAGCAUGCUAGAAAAAGAGAUGCAAACAUUACAAUCCAAAACUGACAAAGUACUGAAAAUUGCACUUACUUCAACGAGAAAUGAACAGGAUUUUCUAACUACAAAGCCAAAAUCAAAACCAAAUCCAAUUUUAUGGAAUAAUCAGAAUUUACUUGAAAAACCACGCACAGCUUUGCCUACAACUUACUUAUGUUAUCUGGUGCGCAAAAUGUAUUCUGCCGAAGAAAUAAAAAGCAAAGUACCACAGCUACAGUCAACAGAUGGUGAUGAAAGAUUAGAUAAGAUUAAAGAAUGUUUGACGACAUUGUAUUUUUCACACGAUCCAUAUUUGGUUGACGAAUUUAUGUCAACAAAAGGACGUGAAAGUUUGCACGCUCAAGAGCGUACAAAGAGAAGUCGAGAUAAAUUGAAAGCAGCAUUAAGAUUGACUGACAAUAACAAAAAUACUGUGGGUAUUAGUUCAAUGAACAUGAACAAUAGCCAAGAGAGUCAAGAUAUUGACACAUUUGAUGAUAUUUAA